CACCUAGCGCGACGGCAUGGCGGCGCAAUGCUGCUGCCGCAAGGCGCCCGGCGCCGAGGCCGCGCCCGCCCGCCCGCCGCCCGAGCCGCCGCCCGCCCUGGACGUGGCCUCGGCCUCCAGCGCGCAGCUCUUCCGGCUCCGCCACCUGCAGCUGGGCCUGGAGCUGCGGCCCGAGACGCGCGAGCUGGCCGGCUGCCUGGUGCUCGAGCUGUGCGCGCUGCGGCCCGCGCCCCGCGCGCUCGUGCUCGACACGCACCCGGCCCUGCGCCUGCACUCGGCCGCCUUCCGCCGCGCCCCCGCCGCCGCCGCCGCCGCCGCCGCCGAGCCGCCCUGCGCCUUUGCCUUCGCCGCUCCCGGACCCGGGCCUACGCCCCCGCCCCCUCUGCCCGCCUUCCCCGAGGCACCCGGCGGCGCCGAGUCCGCCUGCGGCCCGCUGGCCUUCAGGGUGGACCCGUUCACUGACUACGGCUCCUCGCUCACCGUCACGCUGCCGCCUGAGCUGCAGGCGCACCAGCCCUUCCAGGUCAUCCUGCGCUACACCUCGACUGACGCCCCUGCCAUCUGGUGGCUGGACCCCGAGCUGACCUACGGCAGCGCCAAGCCCUUCGUCUUCACCCAGGGCCACUCCGUGUGCAACCGUUCCUUCUUCCCCUGCUUUGACACGCCUGCUGUCAAGUGCACCUACUCGGCCGUGGUCAAGGCCCCGUUGGGGGUGCAGGUGCUGAUGAGCGCUACCCAGAGCACCUUCGUGGAGGAGGAAGGUGUCUACCACUUCCACAUGGAGCACCCCGUGCCCGCCUACCUCGUGGCCCUGGUGGCCGGGGACCUGCAGCCAGCAGACAUCGGGCCCAGGAGCCGCGUGUGGGCCGAGCCGUGCCUCCUGCCCUUGGCCGCCAGCAAGCUGUCGGGUGCGGUGGAGCAGUGGCUAAGCGCUGCCGAGCGGCUCUACGGGCCCUACAUGUGGGGCAGGUACGACAUCGUCUUCCUGCCCCCCUCCUUCCCCAUCGUGGCCAUGGAGAACCCCUGCCUCACUUUCGUCAUCUCCUCCAUCCUGGAGUGCGAUGAGUUCCUGGUCAUCGACGUCAUCCACGAGGUGGCCCACAGCUGGUUUGGCAACGCUGUCACCAACGCCACGUGGGAGGAGAUGUGGCUGAGCGAGGGCCUGGCCACCUACGCCCAGCGCCGCAUCACCACUGAGACCUACGGUGCUGCCUUCACCUGCCUGGAGACGGCCUUCCGCCUGGACGCCCUGCACAGGCAGAUGAAGCUGCUCGGAGAGGACAGCCCAGUCAGCAAGCUGCAGGUCAAGCUUGAGCCAGGGGUCAACCCCAGUCACCUGAUGAACCUCUUCACCUACGAGAAGGGCUACUGCUUCGUCUACUACCUGUCCCAGCUCUGCGGGGACCCCCAGCGCUUCGACGACUUCCUACGAGCCUAUGUGGAGAAGUACAAGUUCACCAGCGUGGUAGCCCAGGACCUGCUGGACUCCUUCCUGAGCUUCUUCCCGGAGCUGAAGGAGCAGAGUGUGGACUGCCGGGCAGGGCUGGAGUUCGAGCGCUGGCUCAACGCGACGGGCCCGCCCUUGGCCGAGCCGGACCUGUCUCAGGGAUCCAGCCUGACCCGGCCCGUGGAGGCCCUCUUCCAGCUGUGGACCGCGGCGCCGCUGGACCAGGCGGCCGCCUCGGCCAGCGCCAUCGACAUCUCCAAGUGGAGGACCUUCCAGACGGCGCUGUUCCUGGACCGGCUCCUGGAUGGGUCCCCGCUGCCCCAGGAGGUGGUGACGAGCCUGUCCAAGUGCUACUCCUCCCUGCUGGACUCCAUGAACGCCGAGAUCCGCAUCCGCUGGCUGCAGAUCGUGGUCCGCAACGACUACUACCCCGACCUCCCCCGCGUCCGGCGCUUCCUCGAGAGCCAGAUGUCCCGCAUGUACACCAUCCCACUGUACGAGGACCUCUGCACCGGCACCCUCAAGUCCUUCGCCCUGGAGGUCUUCUGCCAGACGCAGGGCCGGCUGCACCCCAACCUGCGCAGGGCCAUCCAGCAGAUCCUGUCCCAGGGCCUGGGCCCCGGCGCGGAGCCCGGCGCGGAGCAGGGCGGUGCUGGCGCCGGCGCCGAGGUGGACGCGCACCCCCCGGCCCUGCUGCUCGGGGACGAGGCCCCCAGCGGCGCCAUCUCUCUCAGGGACGUCGACGUGUCUGCCUAGCCCCGACCUCCCCGACGCCACGAUUGUGCCUUCGCGGCCCAGGCCUGCCACGACUGCAAGUCCGCCCCGGCCACGAGCGCCGCCUGGGGCCGUCCCCAGGGACCUCCCGCGGCCGCGGCCGAGGCCGGGCCCCUCAGCCCCCUGCACUGCCGGCCCAGCGCGGCCAGCACGCGCCACGUCCUCCUGUCUCAACACUGGCUGCCGGGUGCUGCCCCAUGGCGACCGCCACACUGUGCCUUACGCCUGCGGGAGGCCUGGGCUGCGCUGCCCCCACCGUGUGCCUCCCGCAGAGCCCUGCCCCCGGCCCCUGGCAGAGGGACAAGGACACAGACGUGCCCUCAGGGUGGGGGCAGGGGACACCGAGGAGAGAAUGGACGUUUGGGGACGAGCCCCUGGAAAGCCUUAGCCCCUCAGGGAACACGGGGACCCAGGCGGGGACGUCUGUCUUGCGGCUGCUGGGGCCACUGCCGCUGUGCCCGUGGGGAUGGGGCAGGUGGUGCUGGUGCUUCCCGGGCCCACUGUGCUGGGGGCGGCCUGGGGACCCUGCACUCAGAGCGCGGCCGCCCGGGGCACCGCUGCGACGGGGCCCCCGUGACCGUCCCAUUAAACCUCCCCU